CAACAGACACAUUUGAAGUGAGUAGUGAGGGCAACCAACUGAUUGCGGUUGAGACUCCGUCCUUCCCUCUACGCUUUACGGACCCGUUCAAAUCUCAGUAUCCGUCGCUUUCUGCUACCACCAUGGCGCUAAUUCUAAUUCAUUCUCUUACUAUCAUGCCGGAGUUGUUGUUGAGCAUAGUAGGUGAGUGUGAUCGAAUUUGGAGACAAUGGAUCGGACGAGGCCUGCUUAUGGGCACCACAAGAGCUCGUCAACUGCUGGGGCUCCUCCUUCUCCAGUCGCAUUUUCUGCUACCAACCAUAGACGUUCAGGCUCUGCCACUGCCACUGCCGGCAUUUCAAAUGCAAGGAGACCACAUAACACAAAAGCUGUCGCUCAGAGGCUUGCUCAGGUUAUGUCAAAUCAAUCAAAUGAUGAUGAGGAGGAGGAAGAGGACGAUCUUUUGUAUGACUACGCUCCUCCUGCCAAUUCCUCCGGUGGCGUUGGACUCGCCGGUGGACCCGGUGAAAGGCCAGUCAGAAGUCGUUCUCCGAUGUCAGUUCGUGCAUCCACGGAAAACCAUGCGUCACCUGCACGCUCAGCGCCAAGGAUGAGAUCCUCUCCAUCUGUUGGCUCGUUGGAACAACAAUCUUCAUCAGAUAAUCGCUCAGUGUCAGCUACUCGAUCAUCAUUAACUUCAAUAGAGCAAUCUCCAUCAGUAGUUCGGCCAAUCUCAGCUAUGCGAGCUUCUCAGUUGAGCUCAUCAGAGCAACCACUUUCUAAUGCUCCUUCUUCAACCAACUCAACAGCUGCUCGCUCAUCUCAACCAGUUGCAAUGGAACAACCUUCAUCUGCUCGCUCUACCUCAGCUACUCGUCCUAAUAAUUUAUUAGCUCCCAAGGCUGUUCCUAUAUUACCCUCUAGCGUACCCAUAUCACUUAGGACUUCAACUCCUGAGCUUCAAUCUGACAGUCGCAUGGAUAGAAGGUUAUCAGUAGACCUUGGAACUUUCAAGAAUAAAGAAGCCAACAUCCAGCCAUCUUCUGCUCUACAAGAUGAGGUUGACAUGCUUCAAGAGGAAAACGAAAGUUUGCUCGAAAAGAUUCGACUUGCAGAGGAGCGUUAUGAGGAAGCAGAAGCCAGGACUAGGCUGCUUGAGAAGCAGGUUGCAAAUCUUGGGGAAGGUGUAUCUAUGGAGUCUCGUCUCUUAGCCAGGAAAGAAGCGGCUCUACAACAAAGGGAGGCUGCGCUAAAAGUUGCAGCACAAAAUUAUGGUGGUAAAGGUGAAGAGGUUGAAACCCUUCGGGCAGAGGUCGAGGUUGCUAGGCAUGAAGCAACUUCUGCUACGGAGAAUCUCCAAGAGGCUGAAAGUGAGAUCAAGUCACUUUGUGCCUUGUCGCAUAAAAUGAUACUCACCCCGGAGGAGAAGGAAGAGGUGGUUCUUAAGAGAUGCUGGCUUGCUCGAUACUGGGGCUUGUGCGUUGAACAUGGUAUUCAUGCUGAUAUUGCUGAAAUAAAGCAUGAAUAUUGGUCAUCCUUUGCCCCUUCACCAAAUGAAGUUGUGUUAGAAGCAGGACAGAGAGCAAAAGACGAAAACUCAUUAGAAACAGUAGGUUACAAUGAUAUGGAGGAAGGGGAAAAUCUUCAGCAAGGUGUUGAACUUUUAUCAGAUGGAAAUGUUGAGAGCAUGUUUUUAGUAGAGAAAGGUCUUCAAGAACAAACAUCACUUAAGGUGGAGGAAGCAGUAGCUCUUGCUAUGGCCCAACAACGACCACCAAGUUCCCUAAGAUCUUGUGUGACAGCAGAUGAGUUAAAGCUCCCAAUUGAAGGCCAGAAUUUUGCAGACGCAUUUGAAUUGAGUGAAGACGAGGUUGAAGAUGUACGUUUUAAGCUGGCUUGGCUAACAUAUUAUUGGAGAAGAGCAAAGAAGCAUGGAUUGGAAGCAGAUAUUGCAGAUGAGCGACUGGGGUUCUUGAUCAACCACGCCACUCAUACGUUCAACUCACACGAUGCAAUUAACGUUGAGCGUGGACUAAUGGAGCUUAAGCAACUGGGGAUUGAAGGUCAAUUAUGGAAAUUAUCACAAACUUACAGAUCAAAAAAAUAAUGCCCAUAACAUACAUACAUACAUACAAUUGGGCAAUGAAUUGAAUGUCGUACAACUAACGUGCAAUAUAAUGUAAUUACUACAUUUUUUUCUAGCUACCGAAAUCUUAUCCUUCUAAUUUUAUUUCUGUAAUAUAUUACAAAUCUACGUGUAAGUAAUGUAUAGUAGUAUCAGUACAAUGUCAAGUGUCAGGAGGGAAAAUUCCCAGAAAAUG